AUUUUGUUGGCGUUUGUUGCCACUUGAUGGCGUAUGCGUAGUCGUUGAAAAUGUUGGUCGGAAUCCGAACCUGUCGAAAAUGAUGAAUUCGGUUUUGCAAAUUAUUAGAACUUUAGUAAUGUUGUAGUUAAAUUACAUAAACAUGAAGAUAUAAUAGCUAGGUUGUGAUAAAUAUUAUUUUCAACGGGGUGGAGAGUGUUUUCGGUGUGUAAAAGUCAUAAGACUUGUGUCAUCUGACUUCUACCUUCAAGAUGGCUCCUCCGCCGGAGUAUGAUAAGGAACCGAAAGCCCCGGAUAAAAGUGUCAUAAGCAUUUCCUGUGAAGAAACGAAGGCGCUACACAAUCUAGCAAACGACCAGCAAACCAAUUCGGACAAUAAACCUGAGAAAACGGUGGGCAGUAGCGAAGUGGAGAACAACAAACACGUGGGAGCGUUGGACGAUGGGCAGCUGCGAGCGCUGCUCGACGAAGCCAUCACGUACAAGUGCCCCAAGGACCGGGAAGGCAAAAGCAAUCUUUUUAAGGAAUUACUACAAGAGGUAGAACUUCGGGACGAGCAAGACGAGCAAGCCAGCGAAGAGGCAGCGCGUGGUCUCAGCGGGGGCAGACGGGGGCGCGCAACACAGGGCCGUGCCCGGCGAGCUCUCCCCCACUCCAACUCCCUCCAAGACCUAGUAGCCGCGGCCCUGGCGGCCGAGCCCGCUCCGCGUCACGGCCGUAAUAGGCACCAUCACAACUCCUCGCACCAUCAUUCGUCGCACCACCACCCGCCGCCUGUGUCAGCUAGAGCUAUCCAUGGCGGUAGCUUGCCCUCUGGAGUCGAUACAUCGUUCCUAUUGGGGGAAGAGCCGACCGCGACGCGCGGCUCGGUGAGCGCGGGCGCAGGAGGCUACCUUGCGACUGUGCGCUGCGUGAACCCACCGCCGCUCGCCGAACGCCGCGUCUCCGCCAGUGACGCCAACUGCGCCAGCGAGGUCGAACUACUCAACAGGCGGAGCAAGCCAGCGUUCCCGAUGACAUAUACGGCACGCGCGACCCUCGAGAUAGGUAGCGGCAGCGUGUGCUCAGGCCGCGCCACUACCACCACCACUGCUUCCAACCAGGUCGAUUCCGCUAUUCCAUUCAGUUGCAUCACAACACCAGAGGUUGUGGCCAGUUGCAACACCACAUCUUCCACCAGCCAAUCGACGGUCGCCGUGGACCAUAAGCCGCUGCAGCUGGCAUCGAGCUACCUCGCCGUGGCAAGCCUGACGGGCCCGCCGCCCCCCGCGGUCGCGCAACCCCUUCCGGCUGCGCCGCGACCCGUCCCCGCGAUGCCAGGACCUGCACCCACAGACCUGCACCCGCGCAGCGUGAUCUCGAGCAGCUUCAACGGGCUGCCGAUGCCGCUAACGCGGCCUAACUACGGCUCCACUGCGUCCACGGCGUCCGACGAAUUUAAGAAAUCUCUCGAUGAAAACGGCAAUUCAGUACAAGGAUUCAGCUCGCCCCUCUCGGGGUCUAGUCAACACAAAAAACCGAGGAGGAAAAAGUCUUCCAAGAACGAAACAGUCAUAACGUCUCACGAGAUCAACGGCUACCAGGGAAAUAAGGACCUCGAGGAGUUGCUGCGGUUCAUCGAAUCGAACGCGGAGGGCGGCCGCGCGCAGAAACUGCCGCGCGCGAAGCACAAGGACGACGCCGAAGACAAGGGCGGCAAGAAGCGGUCAGCCGAGCGGCGCAAGGACAAGGAGAGCAAGAUGAAGCGCGCCACCUCCAUGGAGGAGCUGUCGCGGACCAAGCUCGAGGACCUCACCGAUAAGCCCAAGAAGGAGAGGCGCGCCGACGCGCCCGCCAAGGCCGAGCGCCGCAGCUGGGGCGACGACGCGCGCGACGCCUUCUACUUCCGCGACGAAGACGACGCGGCGCCGGCGCCCGACGCCGACUUCCAGACCGUGACCAAGAAGCGCAAGCCGCGGCGGCGCGAGCCCGAGCCCGACGCGGCGGCCGGGGACCCCCCGCGCCCCGCGCCGCCGCCCGCGCCGCCCAAGCCGCACCGCAAGGCGCGCGACUGCGAGAGCUCGCUCGAGCUGCACUCGCCGGAGCCCCGCCAGGGCGCGCGCCGGCGCUCGCUGCAGGAGCGCGGCCCGCUGGACCCGCUGGACCCGCUGGACCCGCCCGACUGCCCGGCGCCCGACGUCGUGGCCGACCGCCGCCCGCCCGUCAUCCUGCUCGACUCGGCGGCGCGCCCUCGCGACAUGGACGGCGUCACCUUCGGCUUCGACAUCAACGAGCAGCUGCUCGGCGGCGCGCCGCGGCGGCCGCGCUGCGACCUGGUCCGCGACGCGGUGGAGGGGGGCGCGGGGGGCGUGGCGGUGCUGGCCGGCUGCGCCGCGCUGCGCUACGUGCCGCCCGCGCCGCCCGUAGACACGCUGCACCUGCACCAGAUCAUCGACUAUGUCGGCGCCGCCUGGGAAGACGUAGUACGGUGCGGCAGCGGCAAAGUGCGGUACUUCAGCGAAUAGCAUCACGCGCUUGCCGUCUUAUAGACUGCUGUUGCGCGGCACGACAGACGAAGUGACGAAAGUUUUGCGGUGUCGUAGUGCGCUCGAGAAUUGUGAUGUGUGCCGAAGUGAAAGUGACGCGAGUGACGGUGAUUGAGCAUGGUGUCGCCAACGACAUUCUCGUGUGCGAUCGAAGGCGAGACAAUUAUCGCGACGAGAGCUUCCGCCACCGCCGCGCGUGGCUGAUAGCGACUCGAGCGUCUCCUUGAUAUCCCCACUAACCGGUGUCAAAUGGAAUAUUUUUGUAAAAGUAUAUGCUAUAAGCGUGCGAAUUCCGCGAGAAUUCGAAUUAUCGGUGAAUGUGGUUUCUACGAGGCGCACUUGCGUUAAGCGUAGUAGUGCGGCGCGUAUGUUUGCGAAGCUAGUGCUGUUUCUCGCCCAUUGGGUCCGGUCGUGGUCACACGUAUCUAAGCGUCUUCGCUGUGAUUAAAGUUAAUUUUGUUUUCGCUUUGUAAAUACGAAUGAACGAGAGCUAUCUUGAGCAUUUAAUUACUAUUGCACUCAGAAAAAAUGUAAAAAAAAAUUCGUUAUUGAUUAGAGUCUGGUAUUUUGUUGGAGAUUUAUUUAGUUGUGAUUGUUAAGGCCUGGCGCGAACUCGAAUUCUGAAGCAUGGUCACAGUAGCGAUAGCAAAAUUGGACAUAUACAAAUUUGUAUCGACAUGUAUGGUUAAGAGGUCUGUAAGUGCAAGCACCAGGCCACUUUUGGUUUGAAUUGUAAGAGACAUGUAAUAUUUUGUUUCUGUUGAUGUUUAUUGUGCUUGAGUUUUGUUAUAUAAUCACAAAUAUUUGGUAGAUUUUCCUCUAACUAGCCACUCCUGUCUAAUUUUGUUAUGUAUUUUUAAGUUUUACCAUUCUAAACUGUAAAUAAAAUGAAGAUCUUUUAAGGUGUAACUGGCCAUAUUAAUAUGGAGGUGAUGUUGCUGUUUGUACAUCUUGUUAAGAAAGUAUUUUUAUGUACUUUUAUAAGUCUUUCUAUGUUGAAAAUCCUUAGUUUGAUAUGAGUAGAAAACCAUUGUACAAAUCUCAUAAUUAUCUUGUACACUGUUCUCUAGAAUUUAGCCAGAGUUGUUAUUGUCUUUACAAAUUUUUCAAACAAGGUUACACAGAGCAACGUCAAGUUGUAUGAAAAUGAGCUGAUGAGAAAUUAAAUGUUUAGAUACCGCAUGGCAAAAUCUGAAGCCAGUAGCACACAUGUUCAUUAUACAUUUAAAAUGUCAAACCUUUUAAUUUCCUCUUCGGUUUAGUUUGAAAUGAAAGUAAUUACAAUAAUAUAAUCAUUAUUAUGAAGUCUGUACAUUGAACAUAGUUGCUACUGAUUUAUGAGAAUGUAAGUACACAUUGAAACCUGCAUUAAACUGUGCGCAUUGCAUGAUAAUAAAGAAAUUAGGAAUUGAAAUCACUUUGGCUCCACUCUUCUAUAUAACGAGAACAUUGUACUUCAAUACUAUGUUCCCGCUAGACAUUCAUUUACUUUUAGCAUAAAUAGCCUUUAUUGAAAGUUGGACUGGAAAGAAUAAUUUAAAUUUAUUUGUUCAAGAAUGUUGGCAUUCAAUUCUUUAUGUACUAAGAACAAUUAUAGUGUUACUAUAUUCAAUUAACUAAACCUCUUGUACCAACAAAAUUGUUCAUAUGUAGUAGAUACUGCUAUUCUCGCAUAGAGAUCUCGCGCUUUAUGUCGUUAUCGUGCAAAUAGGACCCUGUUGUGUUACCCUACUAUUAAGAACAAGUACAUGAUUGAAUAUACUUUUUUUUAUCAUGUAUGUUACUACUUGUUUGUCUACAUAUAUAGAGUUCAAGAUGACCAUAUGGAAGAAGAUGUCAUAUUCAUUACGGAGACGAAUUCCUUGUACCAAAUUGAAUCUAAACAAAUCAAUGAAUGCCUGAGAUUCACUCUGUUAUGCUUUGCCAUUAGCUAAGUCACUGAAUCUCAUGUCUGUGCACAGUUUUUUGUCUGGAAGGUUUGACCAAACUGUGUUGUGUAUACAUAUUAUUAUAAUUAUAUAUUGUACAUAAUAUAAAAGAGUCAACAUGAUAUUGUUAAGUACGCGACAAGAGCAUUUAUGUAUUCUUUGUGUAGCUCGCGGAUAAUGUGGGGCUGAACUUUGCAAAUGGACAUAUAUAAAACUAUUUGUUUGGAUAUUGUUAGCUACAGUAAAAUGCGACUGUUUAAAAAACCUUCAUUGUAAUUUAUCAUCAUUGGGUGCCAUCUUCCAAUUUCGCAGUGGAAGUUGAACAUACAAAUGACUUGUGUACAUUAUGAACACAAUUUUUAAGCUUAUAAUAAAGCAGAGUCAUUGUAGUGUUCACUGCCUAAUUUCCGUGGUAAUAUUUAUUUUUCUUUAUUCUUUUAAGUAUUAUGCAUGAAUAUUAUUGUAAAAUAUUAUUUAAUAUACUCAAAUACUAUAAAUACACGAAAAUUAGACAGAGAUUACCCUACAAAGCCUGUCUCGAAAGGUUCUAAAUAGCAACCGAACUUCAUGUUCUUUGCACAACAAUGGAAUUGUAAAACAGUACUGGUUUUAGUUAUUCACAAUUUUAGCCCUGUAUGUAUGCUUAGGCAUACAAACGCGAUCAAGUCAUUGAAUAUUAGUUCAAUUUCCAAGCAUUUAUGCCAUGAAUAACAGUUCAACGAAGUAUUGAUUGUGUGCAACAGCAUCUUUGGAAUUAUGCAAAGAACACUUUGCAUACAAAAUCUUUUUUUUUUGUCGUGUUUUUUUUGUUACUCGGUCCAGAUAUUGGGUAGCACAUACUCACAGUACCACUGUAUUCAUAUUCAAUCUAUGAAGUCAUAUAGUUUCCACCUAUCGUCAUCGACGCUAAAACUAGUCCAUAAAAAUAUUAAAAAUCCAUCCUCAUUAAAAGAAUAGCUUACAAAAAACAUUUUGUGCCUAUAAUUGAUACAAUGAAGAUUACAAUUAUUGUAUUAUGUUUGUAGCAAGAUUGCAGAGAUGAGAAUAUGGUGCAGAACCAGCGUGCGAUCGGAUUUCUUGAACUAACAUUUAGAAGGAACCAAACACCGUUCGGCAAUAAACUUUAGCAAAAGUUAUGCUGAUUUUGUUAAACACGUAAAGACGUGCAUGUGUGUUCACUUUACGCUGUGAAUUGAAAUUUAAAUGGCUGCAAUUGUAUAUAACAUUUAUACUUUCAUUUAAUAUUGAGAGUAUGUUGGCAUUAUAAAAAUAAUUGUUGCUAUUGAUAACAAAAGCACUGAAGAAAGCUCAUAUCAGAGGUAUAGAAAUAUCAUUUAUUAUUUCUUUCCCUUGUAAAAUAUGUAAAUAGUGGUGCAGAAAAAAAGUUGCGGUUUUUUUAAUCAUUCUUAGUGCAUAUUUGACGUGAAUGAGAGAUCUCUGGGUUUAGAUGUGACAACGCGCUCUCGACGGCGCAGGCGCAGGGCUGGAUACCCCGCUGAAUCUUCGCUAUGACACUGAAUUGAAUAAUGCGACAAAUUAUUUUUUUACUUUUAGUAAACACCUACGCCGACAUAACAAUGGCAAUGUUCAGUGCUACGCGGUACGCGUUCAGAGCACUACGCAUAUGUGUACUCCCAUACUUCGCUACGUCUUACUUAUCAGCCUCUGGCAGGAAAUUGACUGCUAUGUUAUUAUCCAUAUUUUAAAGCCUUAUUUGUAAAAAAUGCUCCGAUAUCUAAAAUUGUUUACUAACGAGUGUAUAUAGGGUUGUUUGUAAAAUACUAAACAACCUCACAGAACUAUAUUAUCAACAUCAUAAACAACAAUGGUUUUUUUCUAUAAUAUAAUAAUUUUAAAUAAUUUGUGCCAUUUCUUUUUACAAAACAUAAUAAAUUUACCAAAAAUAAAAUCUCUAAAUAAAUAAACGUUUGUUGUAUUAUCGGACACUUUUUAGAUCUGUAUUUGUUAGUAAAGUACUAAGUUAAUACGUGCAAGCGUCCUUCCCGAUGUCCCCCAUCCCCGCUCCUGGGUUUUGCAUCGGACUGGUAUUUCCGCUAAAGCUAUCUUUUGAUACCGCACAGAGUUAUCACCGUUUAGAGUGGUCUAUUUAAAUAUUUUUAUUUUUGUACGAAAAAUUGACGAAUUAUAAGCUAUGAUGUUAGAAUAUAAUCCUGGGAGGUUGUAUAUAUAUAUACAAAUAACCCUGUAUAAGAUAAGCUAUAAUUAAAUUUUUGAGCUGAUAUAAUAAUUAUUUUGUUUAGAAACUGGAGUGAUACUGCUUAGGAAGGCUAUUUGGCGAAGUGUAAAUGUAUAAAUAAAUUAAUACCGAAAUAUAAGUUUCAACAAAUGUCUCAUUAUCUGAUUAAACACCAAAAUAUGUAUAUUGGUAUAUGUAAGAUAUACAGAUGUACCAGCUUAAAUUGCACAGUUUUUAAUUGGGAUUGGAACUGUAGAAAUUGGUAUAAGCAAAAAUUGGAAAAAUACACUUUAAUAAUGCUUUUGAAGCAUUUCUUCAGUUUUUUUAUACACGGAUUUUUUUUUAAAAAAAGGCAAUUAUAUCAAUAAAGGUAAUAAAUAAUACAUUUGACUCGUCUCUAUUCAUUUCGAAAUUUUAAGGAGGCACAUCAGUUAAAAUUUUCUUAUAAUAAUAGCAAGAUAAUUUUUGUAUGUUUUUUUAUGAAGUGCCGCUAGCCAAAUUAUUUACUGUAAGUAUAUUGAAUUUUAAUUUAUUCAGGAAAUGAGACAAAUGUCCUGUAUCAUAAUAUGUAUCAAUAUGAAGAAUUAUUUAUCUGCUUAUUUCUAACUAUAGUUCUAUGCAUUUGCUUUGUUCUUAAAUACACUAGUUUUAAUAACUAAUAUAUGAAUUGAAAGAAAAACAAUUUCAAUUGUCCUUAUGACAAUUUUGUACUAUCUUUUCAGUGAAACUCGAAUGUUCCCAUUUGCAAUAAUGUGAAGUAGAUGUAAAUAAGAACAGAGUAAAGUCAUGGGGACGUUUUUAACUGUAAAAGAUUUGUUUAUAAACAAUAUUGUAACCAACUGCAAUUUACAGUUAUGUACUUUUUCACUGUUUCCG